UCUUUGUGUGUCUUUUGACUUGUUAGAGCCGCGCGUAACGUUUGCGUAAAAUGAUGACGAGCGCCAGGGCGACGAUAAUGAUGCUCCUGUCGUGGGGUUACUGCGCGCUGGCCACGCAGGUCGCUUUCUCCAACUUCUCCGUGGACAACGAGGUGCGCUCCAGCUUCAUCCAGCGGCGGCUGCGGAGCCAGGAGCGCAGGGAGAUGCAGCGGGAGAUCCUCUCCAUCCUGGGGCUGCCGCACCGUCCUCGGCCGCACUUCCACACCAAGCACAACGCCGCCCCAAUGUUCAUGCUGGACCUGUACAACACCAUCUCCACAGACCCGGAGCCGCCCGGACACUCUCACUACAAGCCAGUGUUACCGAACCAGCUGUCCCCCGUGGUGACCCCACAGGACAGCCGCUUCCUAGACGACGCAGACACGGUGAUGAGCUUUGUCAAUCUCGUUGAUCAGGACCAGGAUCUUCUGUACCAGCAACACAGAAGAGAAUUUCGAUUUGACCUUUCCCGUAUUCCAGAGGGUGAGUUGGUCACAGCAGCAGAGUUUAGGAUUUAUAAAGAUUUCAUCCAGGAGCGCUAUGAAAACGAGACAUUCAGAGUCGGUGUCUACCAGGUCCUGCAGGAGUCUUCAAACAGGGAAGUGGAGCUUGUGCUGCUGGAGCAGCGAGAAGUGUGGGCUGCAGAGGAGGGCUGGCUGGCCUUUGACCUGACCGCCACCAGCAACCUCUGGCUGGACAACCCUGAGCAGAACCUCGGCCUGCACCUGGUCCUGGAGGACAGCCGCGGCCAGAGGAGGAACCCCCGACUGGCGGGGCUGGUGACGGGCAGUGGAUCUCAGGAAAAGCAGCCCUUCAUGGUUGCCUUCUUCAGAGCCAAUGAGGUGCGCUUCCGCAGCGUCCGCUCUGCCCACGGCCACAAGGGGCGCCAGGCUAACCGCUCCAAACCCCAGAGGACUGUCCAAGAUGCACUGAAGGCAGUGGAGGCUGCAACAGAUAACCUCGGCAUCUCUAAAGAGGGAUGUAAGAAGCAUGAGCUGUAUGUCAGUUUCAGAGAUUUGGGAUGGCAGGACUGGAUCAUAGCACCAGAGGGCUAUGCAGCGUACUACUGCGAGGGAGAAUGUGCCUUCCCUCUCAACUCCUACAUGAAUGCCACCAAUCACGCUAUUGUGCAAACUCUGGUGCACUUUAUCAACCCGGAGACGGUGCCCAAGCCCUGCUGUGCCCCCACUCAGCUCCACGGCAUCUCAGUGCUCUACUUUGAUGACAGCUCCAACGUCAUCCUCAAGAAGUACCGCAACAUGGUGGUCAGAGCCUGUGGCUGCCACUAAGCGCUCGUCCCCCCUCCUGUGAGCUCUGCUAAUCGUGGCGGGAUGAAAGUGAAAGAACAAGAGCUGAUUUACAGACUGGUCAUCAGGGAUCUUGUGCCACAGAACAAGCUUUAAUCCUGUGUGCUGUUGUUAUGAACAGCAGCUGAGCCUCCCAUGCAGUAUUAACCACUACCACAAACCCAUUAGAUCAGUCACAGAGAAAGGUUGAACAGAAGGACUUCUUUUUUUUACUUUCAGUAUAACUAGAAAAAGUGCACUGAAAGGAAUCCGAGCACUGUGGAGUUAAUUCAGAGACUCAUACCAAACAUUCAGCCACAGAAACAGCUAGUAAAAACUAUUCUCCCCGAUGUGCAACACAUAUCUACCUGCACUGGAAUUCUCUUGUGACCAUCAGGCAUCAGAAUAUAAAAUAUUCCCUGGGUGGAAAUGUGCAUUUGGUAGCUGAUUUCACAGCUCGUAACUUUACACUUUAAAUCUCCGUCUUCCUGUUGAACCACCACAUCUUGUAUUUUGGAACAGCUGAAUGAACUCAGGUCUCGAUGAGAAGGAAAAAAAAUCUGUGGACUCCAAAACAGACUUUACAGGUGCUGAACUGGUUGUUCAGGAGGCCAGUUGGACCCGAUCAGGCGUAAGACAGCUUGUGAGUGUGCUGAAGAUCAGCGAAGGAUGACAGCCGGGACUGUUAAUAACAGUGUGUGCGUGGCUGAAAGGACUGCCUGCUGGGCCUAGUUGCCUGGUGCAGACAAAUAUCAUCAGCCCUGUGAAAGGCACGCAGUCUGCAAGAUGUCAGCGAUUCCUCUUCAUGAGGCGGAUGCCAGGGUGUGCACCAACACCCCGACUGCAGCUGCCUUCUGGUGUCAGACCAGAGCUGCGGGUGGG